AUGGCCCAGCAUCUGUCCCAACAGGGUGCGAGAUCUGUGCAGCCGGCUAGGCAAGAAGCCAGCCAAGCUCAGAGGAAGGUGCGUUUGGGAGACAGUCCCGCGCCGCGGAAGAGCUUUGCCAGCACCACUCCAGUGGCAGUUUACAGAGACCAGCCUCCCGACACGGUAGAGCUAGCACUUGCCACUAUCGACUGGCAAGAUUUAGCAGACUGCACCUCGGUCUUUCAGCAGGAGACUUCUAGUGUUGCAGCUGCCCCGCAGCGGAUCAGAGAUUGCUGUUUUCUUCAAUUACUAGUCACCUGCCACAUUUACCUUUAUACUGGUAGAGGCACAAAGUGCUGCGCAUCAGCUAUUACACUAACCAUGGCAGUACAAGCUUGCCCUUUCCAGUGUCCAGCUUGGGGACUAGAGUUCCAGAGCCACUGCUUGCAACCUGAACCCGAGUUCGACUUCCAGGAGUUCAGAGAUGCUGUCGAUAGUUUUAUAUGUGACCCAUCCUCCUUAAUGCCCCCUCCACUGGACACUGAGGAUUUCACUUUCCCUCUCGGCGACGGAUCAGCCUUUAGCCCUUGUAUUCAACCGUCACAAAACAAUCCUCUUCCGCACAUGAACUUGCAAAACUCCGCGGAACAGUACUGGAAAGAUGUGGCAGACCAAAACCAGAAAGCGUUAGGGGAUGCACUGGUGGAAAACAAUCAGCUGCACGUGACAUUAACCCAAAAGCAGGAAGAGAUCACUUCCCUGAAGGAAAGAAACGUGCAGCUGAAGGAGCUAGCCAGCCAGGCGAAGCAGCUGGCCUGUGUGCUCGAUAAACUGAUGAUCCACCAGCCCAAGGAGGGGGGCGACGCUUUCCUUCCCAGGAACUCAGCUAAGAGAAGCCUGGAGCAGCUGUACGCGGCCAGGCAGGAGGACUGCGCAGAAGUGGAUGAAAUCCUGAGGGAAAUAUCAGACACCUGUAACGCGGCGCUGCAGACUAUUGAUGAGAAUCGAGAGGCGAAGCGCCCUCGGCUGCAGGCGGAGGCAACACGAGCUCCGGACAGCCAGAGCCAGGCUAUUAACAUGUACGGGGCGUUCAGCGGACUGCAGACUUGCAGCAGUCGCAGCUCGGUGGAUCUGAGUAACAGCGAGCUGGAGGAAGGCGUGUCUUUCAGGACCUCCAUCACAGAUCACUGCACGAUCCGGACACUAGCUUUCCCCCAAGGAAAUGCUUUCACUAUCAGGACAGCCACCGGGGGCUACAAGUUUAGAUGGGUUCCCAGCUGAGCCAGGAAACGAUCAGCUAACUACACUGGCCAAGGUCUCCAAUGAAAACUUCGCACUGCCUGCAUUGGAACUUAGCACUGUUCCGUCUACCCUAGUCCCCCGAGGUGACUUCCACUUUGUCUGUAGAAGAAACUGGAAGCAAUUUUUUUUUAAAGGAAAAGAUGCAUUUACCACAAUAGAGCUGUGGUGUGUUUUUUCCUUUAAGCCAUUGUUGUGACCCUUCCAACUUUUGAGCAGGUUUAGAGAGAUUCUUAAAGGGACACUGCCCAUUUGGAUUUUUUUAAAAACUCCGUAAAUAGUGUGUGUGCCUUGAAACUUUUAAAAAUUUAAUUAAAAUGUGAAUAAGAGGUUCUCUGCUCCCCUGUUGGUGUUUACGAGGGUCUUUUCAGCAACUAACUAACUACACAGGGGAAACAGCAAAACUGACUGUACACACUAGUCAAAUACACACCCCAAACGAACUGGAAAAAAAAUUGCCUCAGCAACUUCCUUCAGUUAUAGUGAUUGUGGGUAUUGUAACUAGAGCAGGUAGAACAUUUUCAGACAGAAAUGUGACUUGCAAGUUGUUAGUGUCCCUUCACAGACAAUUAUUUAUUAUCGGUAAUAUUACUGUUGUUGAGAUAUCUUUGAAAGAAAUAUGUUGCCUGGUUUCUUUCACAGCAAUCUUGUUAGAACGAAUGUGAGGUUCUAAAAUAGUGAUUUUAGAUAGUGUGUGCAUUUCCAAAGAUGCUAUCUGAAGUAUAUUAAGCAUACUACACUUUAUUAUUACUGGCAUUUUAAAUCCGGGAAGUUUACAAGAUCACAUUUAGACACUGACUUGUAUACAACUGUACAUAUAUUUUACAGCUACUGUGAGCACUACAUGGUUUUGUACAUUAAAUUACAAUGGAUUUUUAAAAAUAAUUUCAAGUAAACAUUGUUUUGCAUCAGGCAUAUUCAUUUACUUGGGUUUGUGCAAAAAUAACAGUGUGUUCAAUAACAGUAGAAGAAGAAUAUCUUUCUUACUGGAACUUGUUCUGAUAAAGCAGACAGCCUUAGGAAAAAGAGACGCUGCCUGUUAACAUGCAAUAGAAUUCUAUCUGGUAAAGAGA